AUGCGCUGGUUGGCGCUUGUAGCCGCCACACGAGUGCAGAGAGAAAAGUAUCCUCACGCGUUUAGGGUGCCUCAAAGAGUUCUGAACUCCGAGGGCAUGACGCUCAAGCCACGCCAGGUGAUCUGUUCUACCCUGGAGGAUGGCGAGGAGGUCAUCAUCGAGCUCAGACAAGGCGCUGCUAUUGUGGAGGAGGAUGUCGAUGCACUAGAGUGGUCGGAAGAAGCAUAUGGCCCACAAGCCAACCUGAUGGAGUGCAAGUUUAGGUGGAAGGUUGGCGGGCAGCAAGACUUCCCCAAGUACGUGCGUGGUGAGUACGUAGUCGCACCUCGUUGGCAGGGGGUGUAUCCGCAGAAGGACUAUGGCGGUCCCUUCGAGAUACAGAUCAUCCCUGUUGACAUUGGGCCCGAUGAGGUGGACUGGAUUGCUUCGAGGAAAGCGCCGCCUGGCAGCUGCACAUACAGGUUUGUCAUGAAGAAUGACUACGAGUCCAUCUGCAAGGCGGACCCAGAAACUUUGACUUCUGAUGGUCUUGCACACUACAUAGAGUUUCAGUGGGACGUGCCAAUUGCGCCGGAGCCAUAUCCGGAGAUUGACAGCCGACCGUCCACAGCCUCUUCCAGAGAUGGAGCACAAGUAGACCCCAGAUUCGAACAGGACUGGGAGGCCCUACGGCUGAAGUGGGUGGAGUCGUUCAUGAAGGUACGUGUCAAGGAUGUGCUAACGGAGUUCUACGCCAUUCUGAUCGACCUGUUCGACUCGUACGCGUUCAUGGGCUUGGAUCUGUCGGCAAGCCAGCACACCAUAGGUAUGGAUGACUGGAAGCACCUGGUCAUCAACUGUGGUCUGCUUGAGGGUCAAGCAGAAGGCUCACUCAGCUGGUCGCAGGUUUGCACUUGGUUUGAGGAAGCUGCAGGGAUCCGAGACGGCAGGCCAUACUUGGCUCAGCGACUGACCCGCGCCCACUACCUGGAGCUGCUGAUGCGGACUGCCUCCUGGACAAUGUGCGAGCAGCCUCGGGAGAAGUAUGCCCCAGAGAAAGGGAGGCCGCCCAUGCCCUUGGAUGAGGGUCUCUUCCGUUUCAUCACGGAUAUACUCAUCCCAGUCAUGGACAUCUAUGAUGAUGAUCCCAUCCGAAAAGAUGCAGUCCAGCAUGAAAAUCUAGUGGUUAUUCAGGAGAACCGACGGUCCAUCCGAUCAAUAUACGCUUUCUUGGCACAGCCAUGGCCGUAUUAUCAGGGAGAGCGUGUUUUAGUUCCGGCUACACUAAAGUACGUCCUGGAGUUCGCUCACGAGAAGCUGUCGGAAGCUAGUGGCGAGGCUGCACCUCCAGCAGAGGGUGCCGAGGGCGAAGCUCCAAAGCCCGUCAGCGUGGACAUGGCUGCCAUUUUCGGCGGAGAGGAGCACCUGGACCUUGAACAACUUCAGGCAAUCCUGGAAAGCUUCGACUCUCAUGUCAGCAAGAUCACGGCGAAUCACCCAGAAGAGUUCGAUCAACGAGCGCUACUUUUUUGGGAGUUCUUCGAGGUGGUCAUGGAAUCCUCCCGGGGCCUGGCAUCCGGCCUAGGGACGCCCCUGGACAAGGCGAUUCCGGCCUAUGUGCAAACCAUGCUCGCCUUCAUGGGACUGGUUGACAGAGACGAAGCUGCCCUCCCUCCACCACCGGUUCAGGGCAUGGAAGGGGCAGAUGAUGAAGCCCUUGGCGACGUAGAAGACGAGUGA